UACACCGGGAUUUUAGUUGAUAAUUACAAUAAUAUUGACAAUUAAAUGACAACAUUAAUUAGUGUCAACUGUCAAUUUAACACGUGUCAAUUGUAAUAAUUAUUUAUAAAUAAUAAAAUUAAAUUUUGGAGUAUUUUUUUGUCUUGAAAAACAAACACAAAUAAUGUUGAUAAAUUAUUGAUAAAUAAAUGAUAUGACAGGAUCAAUUUAUCACGAACGACAGAUGAAAGAGCUGUGUGCUCUUCAUGCUUUGAAUAAUUUAUUUCAGCAUAGAGAAUAUAAUAAACAAGAUCUUGAUGAAAUAUGUUAUGGUUUGAGUCCUGAUGUUUGGAUUAAUCCACAUAAAUCAUUACUUGGCCUUGGUAAUUAUGAUAUUAAUGUGAUAAUGGCUGCUUUACAGCGUAAAAAUUGUGAAGCAAUUUGGUUUGAUAAAAGAAGGGAUCCAAGAUGUUUGAUGUUAAACAAUAUCAGUGGUUUUAUUUUAAAUGUACCAACAGAAUAUAAAUUUGGUUUUGUAUCAUUGCCAUUGAAAAAACGUCAUUGGAUUACAUUAAAGAAAUUAAAUGGUUACUAUUAUAAUCUUGAUUCGAAAUUAGAUGCUCCAUAUUAUAUUGGUAAUAAUGAUGAAUUUAUUGAAUACAUUAAAGACCAAAUUAAUUGUAAAGACAAGGAAUUAUUUAUUGUUGUUACAAGAGAAAUAUCAAAUAAUCAAAAUUGGCUUGAAAAAAAUGAUAAUUUUGAUAAGAAAAUGAAAAAAAAUAAUUGUGAUGAAUUAGUUAUUAAUGAUGAUGAUAAAAUCAUAAAAAAUGAAUCAAAAGAUUCUAAUUAUUCUGGUGAUAAUGAGGGAACAAGAUAAUAAUUAAAAUUAAUAUAUUUUUAAUUUAAAAAUAUAAAUUAAUUCAAUUACAAGAUUUAUUUAUAACAAAAAAAAAAAGAGAAUUUUUUAAACAUAAUUAUUAUUUUAAUUUAUAUUUAUGUAAUACACUUGUUGUUGUUGUUUUGUUAUUUGAUUUUCAUUAUUGUUAUGUAUUUCACCAUUAAAUAAGUUGUACAAAUUAAGUUUGAUUUUUGUUAUUUUUAAGGAUGCACAUUAUCAGGGUCCAAGAUUUUUAUUUAAAAUAAAC